GCUCUUCUUUCAUUCACUACUAUGGCGACGUCCGCUUCAUUUCACGGAGUUGUUGGUCUUCAAAAUGGAAGCCGGUAUCAGAUUGACAGAAAGAACUUUUGGCGAUACGACGGAUUCAUUGCUACUCCAGAACUUGGAGACAUUCGCGUCAAUGUACAGUGUUCACAUGCACAUUCGGUGCGAACACUACCUCAGCUGAAGACGGCAUCUAUCUAUUGGAUCGUCGACUUACAUAGUUCCAUUCACCUUCACUUACCUCGUGCGGAUCUCAUUCGAAAUGCCAGUGCAAUCAUUUGGGACGAACUUCCUGCCAUUAACAGAGCCGCCUGGAAGAGCGUCGACGAACUUUGCCGCAUCACAUGCAAUCGCCCGCGAAUUCCAUUUGGACUCGGAGGAAAGACUUUCAUAGGAUUAGGAGACUGUCGACAAGCAGAUCCUGUCGUCAGUAGAGCAGGAGAAACUGCGACUCUCGCCGCAUCGGUAAAGUCGUCGACGCUAUGGCAAAACAUCCGAAUCCUGAAUCUUAAUACACCAAUGCGCAGCAUGGGGGACACAAGACUUACGGCCUUCGUAGACCGCGUUGGAGAAGACUGCUCCGGAAACCGACAGUCUCGCGCUCAUAGCUGCAACCACAAACUUUGA